GGCGUUGGCGGCGGCGGCGGCGGCGGCAGCGGGAGCAGGAGCGGCGGCGGCGGCGGCAUCCCCGAGACUCCUCGAGCUACCUUUCCCUCUGACAGCCACUGACGUUCUCCGCCGCUAGAAGAGACCCCGCUUCUCCGGCGCCCGCCUUCCCUCCCCCCCCCCCCCCCCCCCCGCCUAGCCCCAGCCCCAGCCCCGCCAGCACCGCUACCUCCGCCAGCCUUGCCACCAUCAGCACCACCUCCACCACCGCCGCCGCCGCCGCCGCCGCCACCACCGCCGGCGGCGGCAGCAGCCAUUUCAUCUCCACAGAAACCAGACACAAAAACAUGGCAGAAAUGGAGAAAGAAGGGAGACCUCCGGAAAAUAAAAGAAGCAGGAAACCGGCUCACCCAGUGAAAAGGGAGAUCAAUGAGGAAAUGAAGAACUUUGCAGAAAACACCAUGAAUGAACUUCUUGGCUGGUAUGGCUAUGAUAAGGUUGAAUUGAAAGAUGGUGAAGAUAUUGAAUUCAGAAACUAUCCUACAGAUGGAGAGAGCCGGCAGCACAUUUCUGUUCUCAAAGAAAAUUCUUUGCCAAAACCCAAAUUACCUGAGGACAGUGUUAUUUCACCCUACAAUAUAAGCACAGGCUAUUCAGGGCUUGCCACAGGAAAUGGACUCAGUGACUCACCUGCAGGGUCAAAGGAUCAUGGCAAUGUGCCCAUUAUUGUACCUUUAAUUCCGCCACCUUUCAUAAAGCCGCCGGCAGAAGAUGAUGUGUCAAAUGUACAAAUAAUGUGUGCCUGGUGCCAGAAAGUGGGAAUCAAGCGCUAUUCCCUGAGUAUGGGAAGUGAGGUGAAAAGCUUCUGCAGCGAGAAGUGCUUUGCGGCCUGUCGACGAGCCUACUUCAAGAGAAAUAAGGCUAGAGAUGAAGAUGGACAUGCUGAAAAUUUUCCCCAGCAGCACUAUGCUAAGGAAACUCCAAGGCUUGCCUUCAAGAAUAACUGCGAACUACUUGUAUGUGACUGGUGUAAGCACAUAAGACACACAAAAGAAUACCUGGAUUUUGGGGACGGGGAAAGAAGGCUUCAGUUCUGCAGUGCAAAAUGUCUCAAUCAGUACAAAAUGGACAUUUUCUACAAAGAGACACAGGCCAAUCUUCCAGCUGGGCUGUGCAGCACAUUACACCCUCCCAUGGAAAAUAAAGCAGAAGGCACUGGGGUGCAGCUGCUCACUCCAGACUCUUGGAAUAUCCCUCUAACAGAUGCUCGCAGGAAGGCCCCCUCCCCGGCGGCUGCAGCUGGCCAAAGCCAGGGCCCUGGCCCAUCGGUGUCCACCACCGUCUCUCCAUCUGACACUGCCAACUGCUCUGUCACUAAAAUCCCUACGCCAGUGCCCAAGUCCAUGCCCAUUAGCGAGACUCCAAACAUCCCUCCUGUCUCCGUCCAGCCACCUGCUAGCAUCGGGCCUCCCCUCGGCGUCCCGCCUCGCAGCCCGCCCAUGGUGAUGACCAACCGCGGCCCGGUACCGCUGCCCAUCUUCAUGGAACAGCAGAUCAUGCAGCAGAUCCGCCCGCCCUUCAUUCGCGGACCGCCGCACCACGCCUCCAACCCUAACAGCCCUCUCUCCAACCCAAUGCUCCCCGGCAUCGGGCCCCCGCCCGGCGGCCCCAGGAACCUGGGCCCCACUUCCAGUCCCAUGCACCGGCCCAUGCUGUCGCCCCAUAUCCACCCCCCGAGCACCCCGACCAUGCCCGGGAACCCUCCGGGUCUGCUACCCCCGCCACCUCCGGGCGCGCCCUUGCCGAGUCUCCCCUUCCCGCCAGUGAGCAUGAUGCCAAAUGGCCCGAUGCCCGUGCCCCAGAUGAUGAAUUUCGGGCUGCCGUCGCUCGCCCCGCUGGUGCCGCCCCCCACCUUGCUCGUGCCAUACCCCGUGAUCGUGCCCCUGCCCGUGCCCAUCCCCAUCCCUAUUCCCAUCCCUCACAUCAAUGAUUCCAAACCCCCCAACGGAUUUUCCAGCAACGGGGAGAACUUCAUUCCGAGCGCCCCCGGCGACUCCUCGGCGGCAGGAGGCAAGCCUGGCGGACACUCCCUGUCGCCCCGGGACUCCAAGCAGGGCUCGUCCAAGUCCGCGGACUCACCGCCCGGCUGCUCUGGCCAGGCCCUGAGCUUGGCGACCGCGGAGCACGGCCGGAGCGAGGUGGUGGACCUGACGCGGCGCGCCGGCAGCCCCCCGGGCGCGGGCGGCCAGCUCGGCUUCCCCGGCGUGCUGCAGGGCCCGCAGGACGGCGUCAUCGACCUGACCGUGGGCCACCGGGCCCGGCUGCACAACGUGAUCCACCGCGCGCUGCACGCGCACGUCAAGGCGGAGCGCGAGCCGGGCGCCGCGGAGCGCAGGACCUGCGGCGGCUGCAGGGAUGGCCACUGCAGCCCGCCCGCCGCCGGCGACCCGGGCCCUGGCGCGCCCGCGGGCCCCGAGGCCGCCGCGGCCUGCAAUGUCAUUGUGAACGGCACGCGCGGCACCGCCUCCGAGGGCGCCAAGGGCGCGGAGCCGCCGCCCGAGCAGCCCCAGCCGCCGCCGCCUCCCGCGCCCCCCAAGAAGCUGCUGUCGCCGGAGGAGCCCGCGGUGAGCGAGCUGGAGUCCGUCAAAGAGAACAACUGUGCUUCCAACUGCCACCUGGACGGGGAGGCGGCCAAAAAGCUGAUAGGGGAGGAGGCCCUGGCGGGAGGCGACAAGUCAGACCCGAACCUUAAUAACCCCGCGGACGAGGACCACGCGUAUGCUCUGCGUAUGCUGCCCAAGACGGGCUGCGUGAUCCAGCCUGUGCCAAAACCCGCGGAGAAGACUGCCAUGGCGCCGUGCAUCAUCUCCUCGCCCAUGCUCAGCGCCGGGCCCGAGGACCUGGAGCCUCCGCUCAAAAGGAGGUGCCUCCGAAUUAGAAAUCAGAAUAAGUAAAAGUACACCUUGUGUGGUCACACACUAUCAUCAUCUUGAUCCAACAUCAUUCCCAUUUUACAGAUGAGGAAACUGAGUCACAGCAUGUAAGUGCCAUGCCCAGGGUCACUUACUUAAGGAUAAAUCCAAUUCUUGAACCUGCAUUGAAACACUAUCUACUAAUUACACUUUUAUUAUUAGGCUCAUCCCUGUAAGUAGAAGAGGAUGUGGGGAGGAAGGAGAGAUUACUUGGGACCAGUAAAUGUUCAGUCAUGAGGUUACAGGACUGAGGUAAAAGGCAAGCUGAGCCACUUCCUGGAGCUGGUAGAGUCACUGGCAGAAUGUCCUAAUUCACCAAAUGUUCUCAAUAACCAGGGGAUUCCAUUUGCAAGAUGAGAAUAAAAUCUAACCUUCUUACAUGCUAUGCCAGCUGAACCCAGGCCAUGAAGCCCCAUUUGCCUGGUAGGGUGUUGGAGCAGCUCGUGUUCAUGGGGUCUCUUCCUUCAUUUGUCACCAACCAGCAUUUCCCAGGGUGGGCCUCAACAUCACUGACCAGCUUUGCUUUCUCCCCUUUUGGGGCUCAGCAGCUCAGUGGGUGAGGUGCUCACCUCUCCAGGCAGUGGGAGGCUUUGACAGGGAAAAGGGCAACAUCACUGAAGUGGGUGAGAGCGCACAUCUCUGACCUCUGGCAGGGGAGGGUCUGGAAUCCUGCUUAAUACCAAGUGAACCAUAAAUAACGAGUUCAGAAUUUCAGUAAGGGGGAGGGAAACUAGCCUGAGUGGCUGCCCACUGUAGCCAGAUGUGACCUCAUUUGUUUGAUCCUCCCAACAAUCCUGGUGGAAUAAGCAUCGUCUGCGUCUUACCAAGGAGGAAAAUAAGGCUUGGAGAUGUUGCCCAAAUCAGAGCUGGUAAGUGAGGGAACCGGUAUUCAACUCAGGCCUGCUGGACCCAGAGCCUGAGCGCUCUCCUCUGUCCACAAGGACAGCAAACAGGCUAAUGUUCUGCUGAAGUUUAUCAACUAUUUAUGGAGAGGAAAGGAAGGGAAAUGAAUAUUUACUGAGCACAUAAUUUAUGCACAGCUCUUUCCAGGAGUUGGGGGUUACAAAGGUGAAUAUGGUGCAGUGCCUGCCCUCAAGGCACUUACAGUCUGGUGGAAAUGUACACCGGGGAGGAAGGAGGCCUGGGUAGGAGAAGUGGACCUUCUAGGAAGAGCAGUUGCUCACAUUGGUAUGUGCAGGUCCUUCUCUAAGUGUUUUUCAGUAGUAUUUAUUUGGGUCAGGAUCCAUUUGGCAAUUGUUAUUGUCUUCAUUUUACCGAUGAGGAAACUAAGACAUAGAAAUUAAGUAACUUGCCCAAGAUUACCAAGUU